AAGAAGAAGAAGCGCUCUCAGAUGGAGGAGAUUGUGGUGGACGAGGACGACCUGGACGGUGCUGAAGUCGACAGUGACGCUGAUGAGGCCGCUGGCGACCCCUCGAAGGCCCAGGGUCUGGUCAGCAUGCGAGACAUAACGAAGUUGGUGAACCGGAUGAAUCCGCACGCUAGUACCACCAACCGAGAGAAAAGGAAGAAAAAGACCUUCCAGAUGAUCAAGCACAAAGUUCGCCGGAAGGCGAAGCGCAGUUUCCGUGAGAAGCAGACUGCCCUGCGGGACCACCUCAAAAAGCUUGCCAAGCAGAUGCGGAAAUAG